AUGGCGAGCUCGGCUAACUCGAACCCAGUGCCUAGGUUGUACAAGUCGGUGAUUGAAGAUGUCAUCAAUGAGGUACGAGAGCUGUUUCUGGAUGAGGGAGUGGACGAACAAGUGCUUUUGGAGCUCAAAACGCUCUGGGAGAACAAGCUGCAGCAGUCUAAGGCAGUGGAGGGCUUCCACACAGAGGAGCAGGCUCUCCAGGCUCAGCACCAGCAGCAGCAGCAGGUCCAACACAUCCACCACAACCCCCAGGUGACCACGGCCCAGGCCCAGCCCGUCAUCCUGCCCACGCAUCAGCAUCAAGCGCCCCAGCAGCAAGUCAUUGUUCAAGAUCCAAAGAUUCUUCAACACAUGAGUGCAACGGGGAUGAGUGCAGCAGCCACCGCAGCAACACUGGCUUUGCCCACUGGCGUCACUCCAUACCAACAGCUCAUCACAAGCCAAGGUCAGAUCCUUCAAGUGGUGCGUGCAGCGAAUGGGGCACAGUACAUUAUCCAGCAGCCUCAGCAGCCCAUCCUCCUGCAGCAGCAGAUGCAGCCCGGGGGAGUCCAAGCCCCGGUCAUUCAACAGGUCCUGGCCCCAAUCCAAGGAGGCCUUCCCCAGCAAACGGGAGUCAUCAUCCAGCCACAGCAAAUCGUCUUAGCUCCAGGAAACAAAGUCCAAGGAAACACACAGGUGAUGCAGGCAACAGCCAUGGCCCCUCAGCCCGGGCAGCCCUCCACAGCUCAGGGGGCUCCCCCACAGCCUCAGGCACAGCAGCCUCCCAUGAUGCUGCAGGUGGACGGAGCAGGGGACACGUCUUCAGAGGAAGACGAGGAUGAGGAGGAAGAGUAUGAUGAAGAUGAAGAGGAGGAGAAGGACAAGGACGGAGCUGAGGACGGACAGGUGGAGGAGGAGCCUCUGAACAGUGAAGACGACGUGAGCGAUGAAGAGGACCAGGAGCUGUUUGAUACAGAGAAUGUAGUAGUGUGCCAGUACGACAAGAUCCACAGAAGUAAGAACAAAUGGAAAUUCCACCUGAAGGAUGGGAUCAUGAACCUCAACGGGAGGGACUACGUUUUCUCCAAAGCCAUCGGGGACGCGGAGUGGUAA